AUGGAGCGCCCUCCAAGCAUUUCCCUCGUGGAUAAUACCCUCCCCUCAGCGCAGCAGCCCACGAGUAGCAGCUCCUCGCGACAAGCCUCCACUGUCGGCCGUCAAAGCAGUUUGACGAAACAUCUUAGCCACGCAUCGGUCUCCGGGAAGCGGGCUCAAAGAAAAUACGCAAAAUGGCAACCAGAUAAACUCGGCAUCCCGACCGACACCGAUGCCGAACGCUCCUUGAGCCGGGAGUCGUCACGCGUGCGCGGGUCCAUAUCGGCAGCAAGCUCGGGGGGAGAGGCUAGCAGGCAGUCAUCGCACCAAGGAACGGCGGGCGAGAACCCGGCAAGCGCAGAGAUAGAUAUAGAUGUGGCCGAUUUCGCACCGAGCACCACAAACGAGACGUCGCAAUCCGCCAGCGCGGGCCAGAACCCAGUUCUCACCGGAGACUCGAAGGCCAUCUCAGAACUAGACAUUCUCUACGAGAACCAGCGUGGGUGGUUUUUUUUCGGCGUCCCGCUCUACUCUCACAGCUCCCUCCUUAAUUUCGACCCCAGCGCUUGGAUGACCCAAGACCGCCGCGACAGCCCCGUCAACAUCACCAAUGCCCAGGUCCCCGACCCAAGCUGGGAAUGGGCCUGGCGGACAUGGUACGUGGAUAUGUCGGGCGAUGUCGACGAGCAGGGCUGGCAGUAUUCAUUCUCGUUCAAGUCGUCCCAGUGGCACGGGACGCACCCCUGGUUUCACUCCUUCGUCCGGCGGCGGCGCUGGGUUCGAUUGCGAUCAAAGGUCCAAGACAAGCGACACCGGGGACGAUCCGAUUUCGAAAGGGCCCACAUGUUGACUGAGGACUAUUUCACUAUCCACUCGCGGGCUCGCAGCCGUGACCAGAGCGCUACGGGCUUGUCGCGCGUGGAGUCCGGGUUUUUGAGUCGUGUGAGCACGAAGGUGGAUGAGCAGGUCCAUCUCGAGGAGAUUGGCGACAUACCAGCCCUGAUGCGCGAACUGAGGCUGGCCUCUAUUGACCGAGAGAGAAUUGAUGCGCUGAAGAGGUUUGUUCAGGAUGGAGGCGAGGAGCUGUAUUACCUGAACGCCAAGGUGAGUUCUGCGAAUGCGCCGUGA